CGGCGGCACCGGGGGGACACCGGGGACACGGGGGGACACCGGGGACAGCCGGGGACAGCCGGGGGCGGCAGAGCGGCCGGGGCAGCCCCGCGGGCCGCGGGUGAUGGCGGAGAAUUCCCGGACGAUGCCCCCGGGCCGCUGAAAGUGGGGACAGCGACAUCGCCGGACGGCGCCGGGGACAGAUGGCGACAGCCGGCAAGGGCAGCAAGAGGAAGGGCGCAGGAGUGCGCUUCACCCCCGAGGGGACCCAGGGCCACCACCAGGAGGGGACACAGGGCCACGUCCACUUCCAGGAGCAGCUGCACGACUCGGCCGUGAUGGUGACACAGGACAAGGACGGCCACUUCCUGGUCAAGGUGGGAUUCCUGAAGAUCCUGCACAAGUACGAGAUCACCUUCCUGCUGCCCCCCACGCCGAGCCUGGGCAAGGACAUUUGUCCCCUCCCUGUCCCCAACCCCAACCUGCGCAUCAUCAGUGUCACCCCACUGCCGGAAGGGCACAGCGUGCGCUGCGAGUACAUGGCGCACAAGGAGGGCGUGCUGAAGGAGGAGCUGCUCCUGGCCGGACACAGCUCCGGCCCAAUCAAGGUCACCGUCCAGGCCCGGGUCAUGGACCGUCACCACGGGACUCCGAUGCUCCUGGACGGGGUGCGCUGCAUGGGAGCCGAGCUGGAAUACGACUCGGAGCAGAGCGAGUGGCACGGCUUCGACUGACCCCAAACCCCACCCCGGGGGACCCCAAAGUCCCCAAAGCACAGCACGGUCCCCAAAGCGGGCAGGGGGGACCCCGCUUGUUGCUGCUGCCGCUGCUUCGCCCUCACCCCGCAGCCCCGGGGGGGUUUUGGGGGAAUUGUGCCUCUUGGGGUGGGAAUUUUCCUCUUCUCUGGGGUGGGGGAGGAAUUUUGCCUGUGGAAUGUGGGGCGGGAGCGGGGGUCCCCCAUGGCUUCAGGGUUGGGGCCAUGUCCCCCGGCCAUGUCCUUGUGUUGCUGCCAGCGCCUCUUUUUGGGGUAUUUUUUUUGUUUUUCUCAGAUUUUUUUCCUGGUUUUUUUUCUCUCUUUUCCUUUUUUUUUUCCUCAUGGUACAAGGACCAGGAGCAAUUUCAGGAGGUUUUAUGUGCCUACAAAUAUAUAUAUAUAUAUAUGUAUAUAAAUACAAAGAUAUCUUACAUGCCUGGGGAGGGGGGGUUAAAGUACAAAAUCCCACCUUGGGAAGGAUUAAAAUCCCACUGGGAAUGUGCUGGGAGCCCAGAUCCCCUCCAUGAACCUGCCCAGAGGGACAGGGGACACCCCUGGGUGGAGAAUCCCAAAGAGUCCUGGUUCGGGAUGGGGAAGGGUAAUGAGGCCAAUUCCAGUUAAAGGAAGAUGGGAGAGGGUGGGGACAGGGACUGGGGUCCCCAGGAUAAGGGGGGGGGUCUCAGUCUGGGAGGGAAUCAAUGGUGCCAGGUCCUGGCAUGGUCCCCACAGUGACAGGAGGUCUCAGCUGGGGUGGAAAUCGAUGGUGGCAUCUCCAGGAAGGUCUCAGUUGGACAGGAAGUCCAUGGUGGCAUCUCCAGGAAGGUCUCAGUUGGACAGGAAGUCCAUGGUGGUAGGUCCCAGAGGUCCCCACGAUGUUGGCGGGGUCUCAGCUGGAAAUGAAGCUGAUGGUGGCAUCUCC